UUGACAGUUGUGUUCAGGCAGCAACGCGGAUAUUUUGAUUUUUGCUAACUUAUGAUAGACUUGCUGUACUUUUUGCCCCCUACGUUAAUGGUUUCGUUUAAACCGAGAGAUGGAUGAAGAUGAGCGGCAGAGGAAACUAGAAGCGGGGAGAGCCAAGAUAUCCUCCAAAAUGCCACAAAACCAGUCGCUUGCUAGCUUCAGACAGAAGCGGGCAAAGGACAACGGUACGGGGACGGCGAAAAAGACGCAGAAGAGGAAGGGCUCGACUGUCUCGCAGAAUGACAACUCAACGCAAGACCCUCACAUAGAACCUGUGCCUCCAGCAGCCAAUGACACAGAACGGAAAAGCAAGACUAAUCAUGAGGAGCCACAAAAAACAGAGAGAGCUGAGGUACAGCAGAACCAACAACAGAUGAAUCAGCCCCUCAGCCUGAAACCAAGCACGUCCCCUGUGGAAGAGUUGAGUGACGACCAGAUACUUGCACUUACUGGCAAAGAGCAGCUCCAGCAAUUACAGCAGGCUGUGGAGAAGCGUAAUGAGAUAAUUGCCAAGCUCAGCUCCAACCUGCAGGAUGCCCUUGCCAGCAGAGACCAGGUGCAGCUGGAGGCACAGUCGCUGGCUGGACAGAUUCAGGCACUACAAAGGCAGCUCCAACAGACCAGUGCAGAGUUUCUGCGAAUCAAAAGUCAAUCAGAGGGUGAAGUCCACACUCAUCGACAGCAGCUUAAACAUGGUCACCACUCCCAAGAUGGAGACCUUGGUUAUCAAGAGACACUCUCGGAGGAAUCCGGAAAUGAAGGACCUGCCUCUCAAUCAAAUGUUGAAGGCUUCAACACUGACAGUGACCUUGAGACUGAUGCUGUUUUGCACAAACUGAGAGCUGAGCUGAAAGAAGAAAGAGAAAAAAGCCAACGCUUAUCUGCUGAACUGAGACAGGAACUGGAGAAACACCAACAUGUGCUUUCUGUACUGGAGAAGGAGAAGAAGGAUUUGGAAGAAGAUGGAAGAGAAAAGGUAGCACAGUUGCAAGACCUCCAGACCCAAUUGAGCCAAGUCCAGUCCCAGUGCCAUGAGAUGCAGCAGUACAAAGAGGAGAAGGAGAAACUAAACAGAGAAGUGCUUGAGUUGAGGGAAAGGCUUCAGGAGGAAGAAGAUGCAGAGAGGAGAUUAACUGAAGAGGUGGUCACUUCUGCCCUUCGUCUCCAGAGCCUUGAGGAGGAUAGGCGAACACAGGAAGAUGAGAUGCAGAGGCUCAAAGAGGAGAAUAAGCAGGAGGUGGAAAGAGUCAGGCAGCUAUUAGAUGAGAGGGAGAAAGAACUGAUGUCUAGAGAGGAAGAGGUCAUGAGACUCAAAGCAUUUAAGAAUCAACAGAACCAGGCAAAAGCUGCUUUAAGUUGUAGUGAUAAUAUUUCUUUAGAUGAGGUUAUUCUGGGAAAUGGACCCAACCAGGACACUAUGAAUGUAUCAAUACCCAGGGAUCUUAUGAUGGAAAAAUACUUGUCUUCAGUUCCCCUUGCACAUGCUCACUCUUCAUUAGUCAGUGACGACUUUGAUCACUGCAGCCAGCUGGACAUCUCUGCAGACAACAGUUUUGAGCUCAAUAGUGGAGUGUUGGGAGAAGAGCCUUUGUUAUCAAUUUCAAACCGUCCCCUUGAUGAAAACGAUAACCUCUCCAGCUCACAGUGCUACAUCCCUGUGGCAGACGACUCGCAUUCACAGCAUCUGUCCAACUGGCCUUUCAACUCCACUUCUGAAGAUCUGGACAUGAGUAAACUGUCCGAACAGCAGUUUGAGGAGACGGACCUGGAAAAAGAGCUGCUGAAUCAGCAGUGUGGGGAGCUCCGUGAAGAGCUGGCUCUCAAGGAUAGAGACUUGAAUGUGUUGAAAGAAGAAGUCAUCAGGAGUGCUGAAGAGCUGGAGGAGGCCAGGAGCAGGUGGGCUCAAGUAACAGAAGAGCUCAGACAGGCUCUCUGGGACCUUGACGAUGAAAAGGAGAAGAGGAGACAUUUUGAGGAGGAAAUUAACUUGAAAGCCCAUGAACAAAACAAUCUGAAGAACAAACUUGAUGCCUUAACAGAAGAAACCGCAUCAGUGCUGCUGGCAAAGGAAGCUGGUGAAACACUCCUGCUUGUUCCAUCAGGGCAGGAUAACAAACUGGCUGUAGAGUAUGGAAAGGAGGCUGCACUCCUGUCUAAUCAAAAAGAGCCAGAGCUGCUUGUAUCCUCUCUGCAGGAGAUUAAGCAGAGCCCAGAGCUCAAAGAUUACAACCAGCUGCAAACACUUCAGGCACAUUGUGAAAGUCUAAUGUCAGAGUUAGAGGAUACAAAAAGGAAGCUUAAAGCUUCCUUAUUAAGUCAAAGAACCUUGGAGCCAGAUGAAACAAAGGAGCUUGAAACAACACGUGAACAACUUCAGAAUGUGCAAGCAGAGGUGGAGAGACUGCAGAACGAGCUGGAGAAGAGCCAUAUCAAUCUGGUCAGUGUUGGUGAAGAGAAAAAAGACCUAGAAUCUCAAAUCUUCUGCCUGAGACAAAACCUGUCCAACCUAGAGGAGGCUCAGGCCCAGGUGCUGCAGGAGAGUGAGGAGCACAUGAGAAAAAAAGAAGAGAUGGACGAUCGCAUUAAAAAAAUGGAACAAGUCUUAGAGGAGGAACUUGAACAGUUUGAGAUCCUGCUAAAAGCCAAAGAUGAUGAGUUGGCUGGAGAAAGGGAGAAAUGGGAAGUAGAGAAGCAGGAGAAGGAGAAAGAGCUUCUCAGUGUGAAACAUCUCUUAGAGACACAGAAGAAGGAGAGGGAAGUGGAGGUUGAGGCUUUCCUGGAGAAGCAGGUCCAGGCUGUGGUGGAGGUUGAAGAGAAACUCAAGAUAUGUCAUCAACAGGAGAUCAAAAACCUGAUGGAGAAACAUCAACAAGAGGUUUCUGACUUGAACAUGCACCUAGAGAAUGAGCUGCUGAAGCAGCGGGCCAGCAUGGAGGAGGAACAAAAGAGACAGAUCAGUUUAAUUAAACAGGUGACUGAACGUGAGCAUGAGAGGGUGGUAUCAGCGCUAACAGUCAAACACAGUGAGGAGCUAAGUCAACUGAAGACGGAGCUGUCCCUGGAGCUGAGGGAGAGCUUAGAGGCUGCUCACCAGGCUGAACUGCAGCAAGUGCAGGCCCAAAAGACCAUUGAGCUUGAAGCCUUGCAUCUGAGUUUGACCACCGUCCACAUGUCCCACCUGGAGCAUGCACAAGUAAACCAGCAGCAGGAGCAAGAGUCUGCUCUAACCCAGGUCCAGGCCUCCCUGAGGGAGACGUUUUCUCAGGAGAGAGCGACUCUGCAGCUGCAGCAUCAGUUAGAACUAGACCAGCUAAGACAGCAGGACCAGGAGCAGCUGGAGGGACUGAGAGAGCAACACCAACAAGACCUGGAUGAGUUGAAGCAGCAGUGGGAGACUCGUGUUGCUCAGGAGAGAACCUCAAUGGAAGACAAGCAGACCAAAGAGAUACAGACGCUACGGUCACAGUGGGAUAAAGAGGCUGAGAGUGCUCGUUCAAACCUCCUCACCUCUCUAUCACAAACUCAAAAUAACCUCAGUGCCACACAGACAGAACUUGCCAGCACCCAGGCCUCCCUUACAGAAGUAAAAAAUGCUCUGUCUGAGGCCCAGGCAGCUUGGUUGCAGACAAAGUCGGAGCUCCAGGAGUCCCAGGCCAAGCUGCACCAAGUCCAGAUUGCCAGUAAGGAGGAGAACCAAAAACUUGAGGAGGAGCUGAAACUAGCUUGGGCUGACAGAGAUACUGCUGCAUGUUCCCUGGAGGAACUGGUUUCCAGUCAUAAGACAGUGCUGAAGGAUAAAGAGCAGCAAGUGCGACACCUAGAGGAGAAGGAGCGGCAACUGCACCAAGAGGUUUUGCGUUUACAGGAUGAGAAGACUUCGCUGAAACAGAGUUCAGAAGAGGAAGUUGGUCAGCUGUGGGCUCAGCUGGAGAGCAUGAGGACGAGUCGCCAAGAGUUAGGAGAGCUAAAGGAGCAGCUGCUUGCACGCUCAUCUCGUGUUGACGAUAUUGAACGCCUAAAGAUGGACUUUAAUGAACAAAAACAAGAAAUCAAAGACAAAAAUGAGGCUGAACUGGAAAGCUUGAGGAGAUACUUUGAACAGCGGCUACAGGCAACAGAAGAGAGCUAUAGAGAGGAAAUGGCUCUUCUCCAGCUAAGACUUGUUGAAAGUGCGUUGGAGGAGUCUGUGCUCAAAACUGCAAAUGACAGUUCUAUUUCGCAAGGUGAAGAGGAAAAAGAUCUCCUGUUUGAUACCAGCCUCAACCCUGAGGAACACAAGGAAUUGCUCGACAGUUCACAUCUGCUGCAGUUGGAGGAGAAACACUCAAUGGAGUUUGCAAACCUGCGAUCGUCAUUAUCCCUUUCGUUUCAGGAAGAGGUGCAGCAGGUGCGCUCUGACCUCACUGACCAUUAUUACGAUGAGCUGCAGGAGAUGAAGAAUCGUCAUGCUCUGGAGAUGGAGCAACUCAAAGCCAAACUGUCAGAGAGUCACUUGCGAGAGCUUACCAGAGUCCGUGUGGAGGCUGUGAAGCAGGUUGAGGCGGAGGUUGAACAGAGGCUGUGGUGUCAUUCGGAGGAGCUGCAGACGACCAUGACUAUCAUCCACACCCUGAAAAACAGACUGUCUGUCUUGAGUGAACAACAUGAUGCAGACAUUCAGAGCACACAAAAGUUGAAAACGGAGUUUGCUGUGGAGCUCACUGGUCUUGAGGAAGCACUGAAAGAAGAGCGGGAAUGUGUGCAGGAGAUGAAGAGGCUGAGGGAAGAACUUCAACAGAAGCAUGAAGCUGAGUUGAUGGUCCUCAGGUCAGAUCUUGACAGGGAAAGAUCGCGCCUCAAAAAAGCACAUGACAAGGAAAAAGAGGAGUUGCAACAAGCUCAAGAGAGGUUUGAAGGGGCACAGUCUGAGAAGAAAUAUGAAAGAUCUCUGGCUGAGCUAAAGAACAAACAUCAAACUGAGCUGGAACAUGAAAGGGCAGCGAUACUGAAACAACACACUCAAGAAAUCGAAGCACUCGGUGCUGAACACAAAGCACAGUUAGAUUCACUCGGUGCCAGUCACAGAGAUCAGAUUACAGCUAUGGCUGCUGAAUUUGAAUCGAAACACAACACUGACAUUGUUGCCUUGGAAGCAGCCCUCAAAUCCAAAGCAGAGGCUGAACUUAAACGUCUGGAGGCCAUAUUUCAUGAAACCAGUCUGGCUCAGCUGGAGGCUUUAGAGGCCGAGUUAACUCGCAAACACCAAGAAGAGAGGGAUGAUUUGGAAAAGAGGAUGCUCGGCAAUAUGGACACUCUAGAGGCCACUUACCUGAAAGAAGUGCAAACACUGCGCGAUGAAAUGGUACAACUUGAAGAGAGACACUAUCAAGAUUUGGAUCACCAGAAGUCGGAAUGUCAGCAGAUUAUUGAGCACCAUGUUGCUGAUCAGCAGUCCAUCAGGGAGGAGCUUAGGAAGGAGCUGGCCCAGGUGCAUUUGGAAAAGUUUAGUGCUAUGGCAGCGGAGCUGAGCCUUGUUCAUAAGACUGAGCUGGCUGCUCAAAAAGAGGCCUUAGACAUCGAGCACUGCAAUGCCCUGGAGAUCCUUAAGAAGCAGGUUUUAGAACUUGAGCAACAACACAGCACUGCUCUCCAAGAGCUCUCGCAUACCUACAGUGCUGAGAAAGAGCAACUUGUAGAAGAACAUCAACUUCAGCUACAGGAAUUGAGGGGCAUCUCUGCCCGGGAGUUGGAGGCAUGUCGCCGAGAGCUUGACGAGUCGUCGUCAAGACAACGUCAACACUUCAUGGAGGAGGUGGAGCUCCUCAAAGCCCAAUCAGAGGCGAGGCUGCAGGAGAGGAUUAAUCAACUGAAGACUGAGUUUGAGGAGCAGAAGGAGGUGGUGCUGGAAGACCUGAGGCGGAGCUUCACAUCUGAACAAGAGAAGAAGGAGCAGAGCUACACUGACAAAAUGAGCCAGCUCACCACCCAGUUACAUCAGCUUGAUGCUGUAGUGGCCCAGCUGCGGGCAGAGGUUGGCUGUCUGCAGGGAGAGUUGGAAGGGAAGCGUGCCGAGAUGGAGACCUUGGACACCCUCCUCCAACGAAGGGAACGAGAAAGUCAGGAGGGAGGCAACCUUCUAAAAAUGCUCACUGAUGACUUACAGUCUGCCAAAGAAGAAAGACAUAAAAUGCACAAGGCCAACGAAAAGCUUAGUAAGGUGCUGAUUGAGAUGGUUCGCAGCACCAUUGCAACAGAAGAGCUGAUUGGGCAAAAGAUCAGUGCCAGAACCUUAACAUCUCAGCAGGCCCCUCAACACAAGAGCUCAGCAGGGAUAAAAGAUGCUGAAGAGUCGGGUAUAACAGUUGGAGACUUGUCAGGAGAGGACCUGGAACUGACCCAGCUACUCUGUGAGAGCCUGCUGGUUUCAGAUUCUCAGAUCAGUCCUGAAGGAGAGGAAGCAGCUUUGAACGCCUGCAGCAGACUGCAACACACAGUAGGCAUGGUACUGGAGCUUCUCAACCAGGCUAACACUCAGCUGGAGCAAACACAUGAUGUCCAUCUUUCUCUGGAGGAAAGAUUCUCUCAGGGCAGAGAAGACUCCGCCCAGCUCCUCAAGCAGCACAGGCUCCUAUUGGAGCAGCUCGACCAGGAGGCGAAACUCAAGAGUCAACUCCAUCUGGAUCUCCACAAGGCAGAGGGGCUCCUUGAGGGCUAUGUGGCUGAGAAAGUGGUAUUGGAAGAGUCUCUGCAGCAGAAGGAGGCACAGGAGGAGAGGCUGGUGGAGGAGCUGGAGGAUCUAAAGGUGAAGCUGCAUCGGAUGGAUAGCCUUGCUGGGGAGCUGGACAGCCUCCGGUUGAAACAUCAGGAGCUCACUGAGGAGCAUGCAACUCUCCUCCGUCAGAAGGAGCAUCUCUCUUCUGGUUUGGGGGAGAGGGAGAAAGCUCUACUUGCAGAGACGGAACGCUUGACCAAGGACAGACUGGACUUGCAGCGGCAGGCUGAGAGGGAACAAAGAUCUCUGUCUCAGCGCCUCAGGGCCUUGGAAAGAGAUUUGGAAGAACAAGAAACAAAGGGUCUGGAGACGGAGCUUCACCACAAGACCCACACUGAUGACCUUAGCCAGCGUGUCCAAGCACUUGAGAAACAGCUCAAACAUGAACGACAGUUCAUAGAGGAGCAAGCUGUGGAGCGUGAACAUGAGAGAGACGAGUUUCAGCAGGAGAUCAGAAGGCUGGAGGCCCAACUCAGACAGACUGGCAGUAUGGAUAACAAAGGACGCAGGUUUGAGGACUUGGCUCUUCAGGUAGAAAGUCUUCAAGCUAUCAUCAAAGACAGGAUGGAGGACCAUGCCUCCUUGCUAGCAGCCAAUCAGCAGGCCCAGCGAGAUCUGGCAGAGCGCAAUGAAGAGAUAGACAAGCUAGCUGGGAGAAUCAGAGAGCUUGAACAAGCACUGCUCAAUAGCACAGAGAAUAAUAGAUCUAUCAGUCAACUUGAACAAGAGCUUCACAAAGCAACGUUGCGAGAGGAGGAGCUCACACAAGAUAAGCAGGCACUGGAGCAGCAGCAGCUCUCAAACAAGCUUCAGAUCUCUGCCCUGCAGUCCAAACUGGAUGAGACGCGACACUGUUACCAUGACAACACGCGCGACCCGACCCAGGAGCUUAGGGAUGCCCUGGAUGCUGCUCAGCAGAGCCUACAGAACAAAGAGCGGGAGGUUGAAGUUGUGUUUGGCCAACUGGAAAAUGUGCAGAGAGAUUUGAGCAUCAAAGAGGUUGAAUGUAAACACCUCGCACUACAGUUGGAGCUUUUGUCCAAUCAGAAUGCAGCUCAUGUUAAUGAGCUCCAAGAGCAGAUUGCCGAACAUAAGGAGACUGUGUCUGCCCUCACUCUUCUCCAGGAGGAGAAAGAUGAACAAAGGGAGGUGGUGGAGGUAGAGGAAGAGACUUUGUCCUCAGCGCUUCUGCAGGAGAAAAACCAGGAGAUCGACCACCUCAGCAAUGAAAUCCAUAGGCUUGAACAGGAGCUGGAGAACACCAAGGACAACAAGGAUCUGGAGAUUGAGGUUGAAGAUCUUCACUCACAGGUGGAGCAUCUUCAGUCCGAAAUCACAAGAGUACGUCAGGACAAAGAGGAAGAAGAGGAGCGUCUUCAUGAGGUCAUCAGCACUCUGCAGGAAGAACUUGCCACAUUGGGCCCGAACGUGCAUGAAGUUAGCGACUCACAGGACGGUGAUAGCAUUAAUCCUUCACCGGCUCCCAGUCCUGAACCUCAGCACUUUACCAUCCAGGAACAGGAGAGGAGGGGAGGUCCGAGCAGCCUAAAGCAAGAGCUCAGUCUGACUCACUCUGCCUCAUCCCGUUCCCUUCACUCCCGUCUUAAGGUAAUACAGAGCCAACUAGAGACUGCAGUGGCUGAGAGAGAGGGACUGGAGCGAUUACUGCUUACCCAGGAGGAAGAGUACAGAGGACAUGAUGAGGAGUUGGGGAACAGGCUGAAAGCUGAGAAAGAAAAAGCAAAUGAACUCCAAGGCCUCCUCGCCCUCAAGGAGGCAGAGCUGGAGGAGGUCAAAGCGCAGGUAGAAGAGGAGAAGGACAAGAGGAAACUAACUGAGGAGGAGGUGGACAGGUGGCAAUUUCAAGCUGGAGAGGUGGUCUCUCUGCACGAGGAGAAAGCCCAUCUCAAUACCCUCGUCACUGAUCUCCAAAAGAAAGAACAAGAAAGGGUGAAAGAGAUUGAGACUCUAAAAUCAAAAGAGCAGGACAUGAAAACAGAAAUGGGGGUCCUCAGAAAAACCGGUGUUGAGCUUGAUAGGCAGAUCCAGGAAUUAAGAGCUGAGGUGGUAGACAUGAAGAAACUGAUUGCUGUCGAAAGGGUGAAGAUUAAAAUGCUUGAGACUGAAAAAGGAGCUCUUUCUGCUGAAAAUGAAGCACUCAAGAGGACUGAGCGACAACUCCAGGAGGAAAUUGAAAGACUCACUCUGGAAGUGACUUCAAUGAGAGAUCUAAUCCAGGGUCUGAUGGUUCAGCUCGGUGAAAAGAAAACCAGUGAAGAGGAAGCUCAAAAAGAGUUGCUGACAAAUGCUGAAGUUACUCUGGCAAAAGCAGACACUGCCUUGAGACAGAGGGAGGAUGAGCUCAUUAGACUAAGGACAGAGCAUCAGGCCCUGAGGACCGAGCUGGCCACAGUGAAAGAGGGUCUGAACACCAGUGCAGAGAGGGCUGAGAAACUACACGAGGAAGGACAGACCAAAGACCUUGCCCUUGUUGAGCUGGAGAAUGAUAACCAGCGGCUGAAGGCAGAGCUUCAGAAUUUACAGGAGGAUCUGGAAGUGCAGGAAGAGGAACUGGCCUGUCAACAAAGAGAACUACAGCAACUCCAACAGCACUGUCAACAAGGAUACAAACAGAAAGAUAUUUCUCACAGAGCUUUUGAGGACAUUGUGAGCGUCUCUCGUGAUGAAGCCUCCCUGAGUUCUCCAGAGGUGCUGAGGAAACUUGAAUGCUCAGAGGACAGAAUCCCAGAAAGGUUCCAUGCCUCAGUCCUGGCCUCUCGUCUGUCUGAGCUCAGUGCAGUGAACAGCACAGGCCUGGAUCUGCCUGAGGUCAAGCCCUCUCCCAGGCUUGUGAUGGAGUCUCCCCACUCUAGGACCAUCACACCAGAGCUAGCCACACAGAGUACCCACUCCCCACGUUCAUUGUCCAUCUCUGACAACUUCUCCAUGCUUGACUCUCUGGAUACUGACAGAGUGACUGAUUUAGAAGUCCUUGACCUCACAACCCCUCCAUCCCCAAUUGACUCAACCACCUCCCUAUCAGCACCGGGGUGGGCCAGUGAUGGCUAUGGAAGCAAUGUAAGUUCGGAGUUGGGUGCCAGGCUGAGAGUAGAGCUUGAACACACUGAAAGACUGGAUGCUCAGUUUGUUGAGUACCUCCGUUGCAGAGGAAUGAACCCGACAGCUAACACGGAUAGUGCUGCAGGCAGUAUGAGCUACAGCGAUGACCUGCUGUCUCCUGAACUUCAGGGUCUAUUGAAGAAAGUUUAUCAAGAAAGCUGCAGAAUCCUUACCUUGUCCCAACGCCGUGCCACUUCCUCCGCCCAACCUCAUGCCUUCUCACUAAGUCACGCGCAGUAUUAUUGCGGUGAUGGCCCCACUCCAAUUGACACACUGGACAAAUCGUCCUCUAACCCCCCCAUGAGCUGGCAGCAGGAGAAGAGGGCACUGCAGGAGACUGUGAUAGCUCUCAGAGAACUGCUUUGUCGAAUGGCACAGACACACACACAAACUGACCACAGAGGUGAACAGGACUGGCACAGAGAUCAACUACAGAAUGAUGGACUGGUUGAAUCCCAACUAAAAGCGGAGCUAGUGGAGAGCCAGAAACAACUGACAUGUGCUCUUGACACUCAGAAAGAGCAAAAUAACAAAAUGCAGACACUCAGACUUGCUAUACAAGAAGUCGAGGAGGCUUUGAGGGCAGAGCAAACCAGAGGCCAGGAGCUUCAACAGCAGCUGGAGCAGGAGAGAGAUCAGAGUUUCUGUAAACACAGAGAGGAAGAGGAAAAGAAAGAGGCUAUGCAAGUAUCCUCUGAGUGUCAGAGGUCAGAAAUCUUGGCUCUCAAGGGUCAGGUAGAGCAAGAGAGGGUGACCUGCAGCAACCUGAGACGUGAGCUUCAGAUUGAACAGUCUCGUAGUGAGCUACUGGAAAAACAUGUCAGUGACACCCAGAGAGAGCUCGAAGAGGAGCGUCAAUGCUCCGUCCAACAACAAGAUCACCACUUGAAAGAAAAGACUCAUCUCCAGCAACUUCUAACUGAAGCAGAAACUCGUAUAGGUGAUGUUCACACUAAACUCGCAGAUGCUCAUAAGAAGCUGGAUGAAGAGAGAGACCGAUACUCCAGGCAGCUGGAUGAGCUCAGCCACAGACAUGAGGCUGAUACAUCCAGAGACAGGAAGUUUAUCUAUGAUAUGCGUGCACAGCUCGAGCAGGAGCGAAGGCAAGCGGAGGAGCUGGGAGCUGUGAUGAACAAACUGAGGGACGAGUUACUGCAGAGCAGAAGGAAAUGGGAAGAGGAGGACAGAGCAAGGAGAGAGGAGUUGCAGAGGGAACGGCAGGCCACCACUCGUCAUCGUGUAGCUAUUGAGACUUUGAAGGAGCAGAAACGGGAAGCCAGUCGUGCUUUGGAGGAAGAGCGGGAACGGUCCAAACGCCAAGGGGUGGAGCUUGCAGAGCUGAAGGAGAAACUACGGCUGCUGAAGGACAAGGAGAGGGAGAGGGAGCAGCAGUGGGAGAGAGAGCGGAUGAAGGUGCGGCAAGAGCAGGUGGAGAGGGAGAGGCGACAGGAGAGAACCAACACCAAACUGUGUGAGCUGGAGUUGUUGAGGCAACAGGAUCAGGAGCGUAUGCAGGAGCUGCAGAACACCCUGGCAGACCUGCAAAGAGAGGAGCGAGAGAUGGCUGCUCAGAGGCUUUCUGGAUGGAGCUGGGGGAAGCAACACAAAGCUGCAUCUACACAACAUCUCCAAAAUAACAUUCAGACUGACGCUCAGUCAGGCAGCUCACAACAAAACCAACAGAUGCCGUCCACAUCGCCAUCGUCCAAUUUGCUGGACAGGUUGUUGACCGAGAACUCGGAGCUGAUGGAGCGUUUGACAUUGCUGAGUCAGGAAAGAGCCACUCUCAAACACAGACUCGGAUUACUGGAGAGACAACUGCAGCGAUCAGAGAGCGAGCUCGCUAAAGUCACUGCAGAAACUGAAAACAGACCCCUCAAUGAUGUGACCAACAACAGUAAGGUGCAGCGUUUGUAUGAGCGUUAUCUGCGUGCUGAGAGCUUCAGGAAAGCCCUGGUGUACCAGAAGCGUUACCUGCUGCUGCUGUUGGGUGGUUUCCAGGAGUGUGAGCAGGCCACACUGUGUCUCAUUGCUCACAUGGGUGCACGGCCCUCACCCCAACUCUCCUUACAGCACAGACCCCUCAGAAGAUUUAGGGCUGUUGUUGGAGUUGUCAUUGCUGUCUCAAGAAUGAGGUUCCUAACUAGAAAAUGGCAGCGGGCGAUUAGACGAUUGUCUGUUUCUGGGACUGUCAAUGGGCAUGCUUCAGGCCUCAAAGUUUUACGGCAGCAACAACCAACAUCAAAUUCUGAAUCCCCACCAAACAGAGACAAGGUGUCAGCUCUUGUUCCACCGAGCAAAUCACCAUUCAGGUUGCACAACAGGUCCUAUACUAGCACUUCUCCGUCCUUGGGGCAUUCAGUGGUAGCGUCUCAGGAUCCAGAGCGAUCCCUGACAGAAUAUAUCCACCAUCUUGAGAAAGUCCAGCAACGGUUGGUAGGAGCCAGGGAAGGCUCACCUCUUCUCCCAUCCGACCAGAAGUAAUCCGGCCAUUGAACAAAUGAAUGUCACCCGUCUGCCUAUCGUUCUAAAACUGUUCCAUGCCUUACGUGUGUGGAAAGGAAUAUCAAAUGUGUGUUGAACCUUUUUGAUAGGCUUGAUUUUUAUGACUAUAUAAAUUAUUUUUUUAAAUUGCUACUGUAACUUUUUUGUAUUCACUGUACCUCAGUAUUUUUAAGGUCGCUCUUGAGACGUUUGAAGAGUGAAUGUUUUUAUUUGAGAUGGCACUGCUGUUAUUUUCCUAACAUUUUAUAUAAUCCUCUGUGCUAUGUAAAUAAGACUGAUGUCCGUGUGUUUAAAUGUGCACUUGUUUUAUACUAGAAAUCCAUGACCAACGUUGUUAGAGGUUAUGUUAUUGCAUAAAAGUGAACCAUAUGUAUAUCUAUGUUUCUACCAUAAAGUUAAUAAAUAUUUUAAAUGUGUGAUUACAAUCCA